CUCUUCAUUUCAGGGCUCAAACAAAGAAACCCACAGAGAGCUCUGAGAUCUGAAUUGAGUCCCCCAAUUUGUCUUUUGUAUUCAAAUCCUAUCUAUCUAUAAUGAUCGAUCAUCGAAUGUUGAUGGGUUCUCCAUCAGACACCAUCAAGAGCACGAAGCUCGAGAGGUACAACAGCUACCUCCGCCCCAUAAGCCACACAAAGCUCUUAGCUGCUUCAUCCAAACUCCUUUUCCGUGCAACCCUUUUCGUAGCUCUCAUUCUCAUCUUCUUCUUCACCCUCAAUUACCCUCCUAUUUCCGAUAAUCCCUCCGGUCACCGUGUUCAUCUCCACCAGAACUUCCUCACCAACGCCUUCUAUGGUGGUGGUAACACGGGCGGCCCCGCCUGGGAGAAGCAAGUCCGCCACUCCUCCACCCCUCGCAGACCCAAUGGGUUCUCUGUACUCGUCACCGGUGCCGGCGGUUUCGUCGGUACCCACUGCUCCCUCGCAUUGAAGAAACGUGGGGAUGGUGUUCUCGGCCUCGACAACUUCAAUUCCUAUUACGAUCCAUCACUGAAACGAGCCCGUCAAGCUCUGCUCUCCAAGCACCAAAUCUUCAUCGUCGAUGGAGAUCUCAACGAUGCCCAAUUGCUCUCCAAGCUCUUCGAUGUCGUUCCCUUCACCCACAUCCUUCACUUAGCAGCCCAAGCAGGUGUACGGUACGCUAUGAAGAACCCCCAAUCGUACGUGAACUCUAACAUAGCCGGGUUCGUGAAUCUGCUCGAGAUCUCCAAAUCUGCUAAUCCACAGCCGUCAAUUGUGUGGGCCUCAUCCAGCUCCGUCUACGGUCUCAACACACAGAAUCCAUUCUCAGAGUCCCAUAGAACAGACCAACCGGCGAGUCUCUACGCGGCCACCAAGAAAGCCGGCGAAGAGAUUGCUCACACAUACAACCACAUCUACGGGUUAUCCAUCACGGGUCUACGGUUCUUCACGGUUUACGGACCCUGGGGCAGACCCGAUAUGGCCUACUUCUUCUUCACCAAAGACAUAUUACAAGGGAAGCAUAUAACGGUCUACAAGACAGCCGACGAUAAGGAGGUGGCGCGUGAUUUCACGUAUAUCGACGACGUCGUGAAGGGUUGCUUAGGCGCGUUGGAUACGGCGGAGAAGAGUACGGGGAGUGGUGGGAAGAAGAAAGGGGCAGCGCAGCUGAGGAUUUACAAUUUGGGUAACACGUCUCCGGUGACGGUGGGAAGGCUUGUGACGAUACUGGAAGGUUUGUUGAACGUGAAGGCUAAGAAGAAUGAGGUGAGGAUGCCUAGGAAUGGGGACGUGCCGUUCACGCAUGCUAACGUGAGCCUGGCGUAUAGGGAUUUCGGGUAUAAGCCUACUACUGAUUUAGGCACCGGGUUGAGGAAGUUCGUGAAGUGGUAUGUUGGGUAUUAUGGGAUUCACUCGAGGGUAAAAAAGGAAGACGAUGCUUCAUCUUCGUAAGAAGGAAUAUGAAUGAAGAAGCAAAAAUGGGAAUUUUUAUUUUUAUUUUUAAUUUAUCUAUUUUAAAAGUGAUUGUUAUUAUUAGAUUAAAUCAUUAUACUCUGUUUUUGUUCAAAAAAGCUGUAAUAAAUGUAUAAAUAGAGACAGAAACUGUGUGUACAUCCAAGUGGGGUCGCCUCUGCCGGAACGGGAGCAGCAGGUUGACCGUCCCAUUGGAAUCAAAAACUGAAUGUACAAGAAAGAAUGGGUGAUAUGAGAUCGUGAUCCUUCUUCUUUUUCA